AUGGCCACCAGGAAGAAGCUCAAGGAUCGACUAACGAUCCGAAAAUCGCUGAUUUCAUCGUUCGAAGCGAUGGAGAGUUUCGUCGAGAAUUAUGAGGAGGCAAGCGAUAUCCUGCAAGUGCCUGUACGCCUGGAAAUGCUGAAUCAACUGUACCAAGAAUUCAUCAAGGUACAAGCUGAUAUUGAGCGCUUCGACAGUGGUGAUGCGCCGUUGGCAAGGCACUUUCAAGAACGGAAUGAGGUAGAAUCGCGGUACUGUGCGGUGAAAGGUUGGCUGAUGAGCCAAAUUUUGGCCGAACCGGCUCCUGUCAAUGAGACCAUCAAUGCCCAACGAAUGCCAGCCAGCUUCCAUUUCCGCCUUCCCAAAAUUGACUUGCCAAAGUUCGAUGGGGACUACUCUCGGUGGCUGGGAUUCAGAGACACUUUCAAAUCUAUGGUCCACGAUGUUCCAGAAAUUCCACCUGUAGCAAAGCUGCAAUUCCUGUUGCAGUCCUUGGAAAGAGAUGCCAGGAAGCCGUACGAGACGGUAGACAUCGAGGCAGAUAACUAUGGACCAACCUGGGAGGCCCUCCUCAAACGCUACGACGACCAGCAUUUCCUAAAGAAGCAGCUGUUCCGGGCUCUAUACGAUCUGACGCCUAUUCGCAAGGAAUCUCCGGAAGGUCUCCACACCCUAGUGGACGACUUCCAACGCCACGUCAAGGCAUUGGCAAAGCUAAGGGAAGCAGUCGACACAUGGGACACUCCUCUGGUAUGUAUGCUCUCGUACAAAUUAGAUUCUGCUUCUCUCCGUGCCUGGGAAGAGCAUUCGUCGAAAAUGGACCAGGUUACAUACGCUAAUUGCAUCGAAUUCCUAUACCAACGGAUCAGGGUUCUCCAGACGGUCUCCUCAGAGAUGGAACAUCGUCAUACACCAGUUAAGGUGGCCGGUACAAGUCCAUUCAGGAAACCACAGCAAUCGAGGUCGGUCGCUAAUACCGCGGUUGCUAGCCCACGAUCCAGUCUCCUAUCGUGUAUCUCCUGCUCCGAAAAGCAUCUCUUGGUACAGUGUCCAACAUUCCAAAGGCUCUCCGUUGGUCAACGGAGGGAACUCAUCGCCCAGAAACGUCUUUGCUGGAACUGUUUCAAGUCCUCCCACGUCGCACGGAACUGUGACUCAAAGUUUUCCUGUCGCCUCUGCCAUGAACGACACCACACGCUGCUCCACCAAUCCCAGCCUUCACCAUCCCCACAGAAAUGUAGCGUCGCCCCAGAAGUCGAACCACCAGCCUCCUCCUCCACGGUAAGGUCCGUGGAAUCAAGUGUAUCAGCUCAUCCAGCUACCGAAGUGAGUCUACCAGCUCAUGCCCGCUCUUCAAGCACAGCUUUCCUUUGCACGUUUGUGCUGACAGUCCUCGAUGAAGAUGGUAACGAGCACUUCGCUCGAGCACUCAUCGAUUCUGGAUCCCAAUCCAACUUCAUCUCCAAAAGGCUCGCUAGUCGUCUGAGUCUGAAACCAGAACGAGCCCACAUCCUCAUCACUGGGGUUGGGGAGUCGGCAACCAGGGUUUCACAGCUGGUCUACGCAUCGAUUCGCUCACGAGACGAGUAUUACACAAGUGAAUUGGAAUUCCUAGUUCUUCCAACCCUCAUGACCGAACUUCCGGGCAGAGACGUGGACAUCUCCGAUUGGUACAUUCCCAAGACAGUUGAACUCGCCCAUCCCAACUUCAACAUCAAUAGUCCCAUCGUUAUGAUCUUGGGAGCUGACCAAUUCCAUGAGUACCUGAGGAACGGUAGGAUCCACCUCAACCGUGGGUCACCAACGCUAAUCGAAACAAUUUUCGGUUGGGCAGUUUCGGGCCGCUGGUACAGCAAUUUUCCACGGAUCCCUCUACGCUGUUGUACCGCAACCACCACCCAUAACCUGGAAUCACUUAUGGAGAAGUUCUGGGAUAUUGAGUCCAUCAAUACUGGUCGAAUUUACUCGGCAGACGAAGUCGCUUGUGAUGAGCUGUACCAUGCUACUACGAUCAGAAACGCAGACGGAAGGUAUGUAGUCGCUCUUCCAAAAUCUCAGAAUCCCCAUAUUCACCUCGGCGAAUCCCGAGCCAUCGCCGAAAGACGUCUGCGAAGUUUGGAACGCUGGCUUGAGCGGGACGAAGCUGUCAAGGUAGCCUACCAUGAAUUUAUGGACGAGUACCUACGACUUGGCCACAUGCGACGACUCGAAGAUCCGGUAGAUGAUUCUCUGAUGCACUACUCUUGCCGCAUCACCCGGUGUUCAAGGCCAGCAGUACUACGACAAAGGUACGGGUCGUAUUCGAUGCCUCCUGCCGCACAUCAUCUGGCAAUUCCUUGA